GUCGCCGCCGCUGACCCGCAGGCCACGCUGCUCAACCUGGGGUGCAGCCAGUACAACGCGACCCCGACUGCCGCCUUCCUCGCCGCCCUCAACUCCACCUUCGGCGAACUCCGCGCCAACCUCUCAUCUGGUGGUGGUGGUGAGGGGGGUGGGUUCGCCACGGCCGCGGAGCCGCGCGCCGCCGCGCCGGCGUUCGCGAUGGCGCAGUGCCGCCCCUACGUCACGCGCGGGGACUGCGUCGCGUGCUUCGACGCCGCGGCCACGCUCCUCCGCGCCGCCUGCGGCGCUGCCAACGGCGGGCGCGCCAUUCUCGACGGCUGCGUCGUGAGGUACGAGAGCGCGGCCUUCUUCGACCAGGCCACGCUCCCCGGGAACACGCAGGUGUGCAACGGCUCCGCUGUCGCCGGCGGCGGGUUCGCGGACGCGGCGCGGGGGCUGGUCGGUGACCUCGUGGCUGCCGUGCCUCGCGCCCUGGGGCUCGCCGCGGCGGCCGCGGGCGCCGGCGUGUACGCCGCGGCGCAGUGUGUGGUGACGGUCGGGGAGGGUGGCUGCGCGCAGUGCCUGGAGGUGGCCGUGAGGAACAUCGACGGGUGCCCGCCCAAUUCCGACGGCCGCGCCGUCGACGCCGGCUGCUUCAUGAGGUACUCCGAUAAGCCGUUCUUCCCCGCGAAUGCGACCGUAGACCUGGCGCCAUACUUGCGAUCUGGGAAAUCAGAUCGGAAAGGAGCCAUCAUAGGAGGAAUUUUAGGAGGUGUGGCCUUCCUGUUCCUUCUUGGUCUAUUAGCUUUCUUGUGGACCUGGCGGUCUAGGAAGCUGUUGAAGCCUCGUAGAGGAGAUAUACUUGGAGCAACAGAACUGCAGGGUCCAACAAGUUUUUACUAUCAAGAUCUGAAGGUUGCAACCAAUAAUUUCUGUGAGGAAAGCAAACUUGGAGAAGGGGGUUUUGGAGAUGUAUUUAAGGGUUUGCUGAAAAAUGGAAAAACUGUAGCUGUAAAACGGUUGACAGUGAUGGAAACUAGCAGGGCCAAAGCAGAUUUUGAAAGUGAAGUGAAGUUGAUUAGCAAUGUUCAUCAUCGGAAUCUUGUCAGGCUUCUUGGUUGCUCUAGCAAGGGCUCGGAAUGCCUGCUUGUUUAUGAAUACAUGGCAAAUGGAAGCCUCGACAAGUUCCUCUUCGGUGAUAAACGUGGUACGCUUAAUUGGAAGCAACGAUUUAACAUCAUCGUUGGCAUGGCUCGUGGCCUUGGAUAUCUUCAUCAAGAAUUUCAUGUCUGCAUCAUACACCGUGACAUUAAAUCUAGCAAUGUUCUUCUUGAUGAUGAGUUUCAGCCAAAGAUUGCUGAUUUCGGUUUAGCAAGGCUCCUACCUGAUGAUCAUAGUCAUCUCAGCACUAAAUUUGCAGGAACAUUGGGUUACACAGCUCCUGAAUAUGCCAUCCAUGGGCAACUCUCUGAGAAGGUUGACACAUACAGCUUUGGUGUUGUCGUUUUGGAAAUAAUAAGUGGCAGGAAGCUCAAUGAUGCAAGGCUGGAUCCUGAUAGCCAGUACCUACUUGAAUGGGCCUGGAAGCUUUAUGAAAACAACAACUUGAUUGAAUUGGUGGAUAAAUCAUUAGACCCAAAAGAAUAUAAUCCUGAAGAGGUGAAAAAAAUAAUACAGAUAGCCCUUCUCUGCACUCAAUCAGCUGUUGCUUCACGUCCAACGAUGUCAGAGGUAGUUGUGUUGUUGCUGACCAAAAAUUCUUCAGAGUUCCAGCCCACUAGGCCUACUUUUAUUGAUGCAAUAAGUAGAGUACGAGGUGAAACAUCCUCCUCCAGUUCAUCUUCUGCAUCCAAGGCCACUAUUUCGAUAACACAGUAUUCAGCCAGGUAAAAAAAAGUUGUAUAUGAUGUGCUUCUCUUUUUUUUUGUAACUUCUAUAUUUGUAUCUGUAUCUUUGUUUUAUGCAGCAACAAGUGGAUGUUUACUUGUGAGCAUAAACAAAAACAGUGUAAAUCAUCUGAAAUCUCUCUCUCUCUCUCUCUCUCUCUCUCUCUCUCUCUCUCUCUCUCUCUCUCUCUCUCUCUCUCUCUCUCGUCCAUGUAACUAUGAGUCCCAUAGCAUUUGUCCUUGUAACUGUUCUCAGACAAAUCACUGCACUCCUUGUAUGCUCGGAUCAUAUUUGAGUGAAAAUUUGAAAACUUGCCUUGAUAUUUAUGUCA